UAUAUACAUAUGUACAUUGUCUAACUUGAAGUGAAAAAUAAAAAGUUCCUUUUCUUUAUUCUUUUUAUUUAUUAAAUAAAACAAUUGAUUUAAUAAAGUGCCUAUAGUUGAAUUUUCUAAGUUGUUUUUGAAUUUAAAUAAAUGUAUCUUCGAUACAAAAUGUUGCCAAUAAGACUGCAACUUGACGUUUUUUAGAUUAACAUUUGCAAUUCAUUCUAGAUUAUUGUAAAAUCAUUUUGGACUGUAGAAAGUGUAAAUUGAAUUUUAGAUAGUUCUAUAUUUCAGCGGUUACUUUUAAUUUUAAAUCGUAGAUCAAGUUAUUCCUGUAAAGGGUAUUGCAAAAAAGGAAAUAUAAAUUACUAAUGCGUACUUUAUAUAGGAAACGAAAGAUUUAACAAAAAAGAUGAUUGUAAAUAUUAUAUUUACAUAACAUUAUAAAUAAGAAUAUAAUAAAAAAAGACUAUACAUAUUUUAAGAAAUUUGAUAUGAUGGAGUAUAAUAGAAACAGAUGAAGGUGGAAUUAGAUAACUAGAUAACUGGAAACAGAUUGCUCAGUCACGUAUGGUGAUACGGUUUUGGAGACACCUUUUCACAAAGGUUCUCCAAUGUAAAGUUAAUGUACAACCUGACACAACGAUAAUGCCAACAAGGUCAAUACAAAGUCCUCCUGAAAAAAAACUGAAACCGAAUCAAGGCUCGAUUAAUUCGAUACAAAACUCCAAUAUCCCUACCGAACAUAACCUCAAUACGGACAUAAUGGUCAUUGGCAAAAUGCAAACAGAAAAUCAAACACAGGAAAUCUCCAUUUGCGUUUCAAAACAACCACGAGAGAAAGUUACAUAUUUAGAAACGCCUGUUAAGUCGGAGAACGACAAGAAAGAGUACAGAGUGAUCAAAUUGGAAAAUGGCUUGACUGCUUUGCUAAUUGCUGACCUACACUCCUUUUGUACCCAAGAUGAUGAGUGCACUGAUAAAGAGGAUGCAAUAAAUAUUAAAAAUGAAAAAGGAGAUGAAGAUGAAGAGACUGAAAGUGAAGAGGAUGAAGAAGAAGAAAGUGCAGAAGAGAGUGAUACAGAGGAUAAUCCAUCAGACGAUGACAAAGAUGCUGAUUCAUGUGCUUGCCCCAAACCAGUAAAAGCAGAAGAAAAAAUGGCAGCAUGUGGAUUAACUGUGGGUGUAGGAAGCUUCAGUGAUCCACCAGAAAUUCCAGGUCUGGCACAUUUUUUGGAGCAUAUGAUUUUUAUGGGAUCAGAGAAAUAUACUGAGGAAAACGAUUUUGAUAUGUUUAUUAAAAAAAGAGGUGGAUCAGACAAUGCCUCCACUGAUUGUGAAUCAACAACAUUCUAUUUUGAAAUACAAGAAAAGCAUCUUUUAGCUGCCCUUGAUCGUUUUGCUCAAUUUUUUAUUAAACCUUUAAUGAGGAAGGACGCUAUAACGAGAGAACGUGAAUCCAUAGAAAGCGAGUUUCAGAUGGCCUUACCCUCUGACUAUUGUAGAAAAGAACAAUUAUUUAGUAGCUUUGCGCAGCCAAAUCAUCCAGCUACAAAGUUUUGUUGGGGUAAUUUAAUUACAUUACGAGAUAAUGUAACUGAUGAAAAACUUUAUGAGGAGUUGCAUAAGUUCAGGGAGCGUCACUACAGUGCUCACAGAAUGAAACUUGCCAUACAAGCCAGACUUCCACUGGAUGUGCUAGAAGACUAUGUAAUACAAUGCUUUGCAAAUGUACCAAGUAAUGGCUUAUCACCUGACGACUUUACUCCCUUUAAGGGCACAGAUUCGUUUAAUACACCAAGUUUUAGAAGAAUUUAUAAAAUCAAACCUAUAAAAGAUGUUUGCCAAGUAGAGUUGACAUGGUGCAUGCCACCUCUUCACGAUAUGUAUAAAAGCAAACCGCAUCAGUAUAUUUCCUGGAUUAUGGGAUACGAAGGAAAAGGUUCUUUGAUUAGUUACUUAAGGGAAAAGAUGUGGUGUCUUGGGAUUUUCAGCGGAAAUGCAGAAAGGGGCUUCGAACACAAUUCGAUGUACGGGUUGUUUAGUUUGUCUUUGAUGUUGACGGAGCAAGGACAUAAACACCUACCGGAAGUAUUAAACGCCACAUUCUCAUUUAUUAAUUUAAUGCGAAAAGAAGGCCCGCAAAAACGAAUUUAUGAUGAAAUCCACCAAAUUAAGGAAAUGAAUUUUAGAUUUACAGAUGAGUUUCCACCAGCAGAAUAUGUGGAAGAUUUGUGCGAAAACAUGCAUUAUUAUCCUCCUCGUGAUUAUAUUACUGGCAGCGAAUUGUAUUUUGAAUAUAAUGCAGAAGCUAUACAAACCUGUUUAAAUUAUUUAACACCUAAUGAUGUGAAUAUUAUAAUACUUGAUAAAAAAUUCAAUGAUGAAGAAUUCGAUAAAGUGGAACCUUGGUUCAAAACUAAAUAUACAAAUAUGGAGAUUCCUCAAGAAUGGAUAGAGUGCUGGAAGACUAUGAAGCCUCUGCCUGAAUUUCAUUUACCAUUACCCAAUAUGUAUAUCACGGAUGAUUUCAGUUUAAUCUCAAUACCACCUGGUGUACCCAAGUACCCCACAAAAAUCUAUUCAGAUGAGAUAAUAGAAGUUUGGUACCGACCUGAUCCGAAGUUCGGCUUGCCUGAAUGUUAUAUGUAUUUUUGUAUCAUAUCACCAAUGGCUGUUUGUUCACUGAAAGGCGUAGUCAUAAUGGAUCUAUUUGUUGCUAUAUUGAAGCAACUGUUAGUGGAAACAUUGUAUCCAGCCACGAUUGCUGAAUUAAACCAUGCUAUUUACACGAACGAAAAGGGUAUUAUGCUUAAAAUGAAUGGAUUCAAUCAGAAGUUACCACUUUUGUUAAUGACUAUUGCGAAAUGUAUAGCUGAUAUUCCGACAUUAAUAACUAAAGAGUUUUUCGAAGUGAUGAAGGAAGAACAAACUAAGGAAUAUUAUAAUAACUUAGUAAAACCCAAAAGCUUGGUUCGAGAUGUAAGAUUAUCAAUUCUAAUGCUCGUCUACUGGACGGCCGCGGACAAGCACGCUGCCAUUCAGAAUGUGGAAUUUUCUGAAUUUCACAAUUUUGUUCAACACUUUACUGAUCACAUUUAUAUUCAAUCUUUGGUACAAGGAAACAUGACAAAAGAAGAUGUAAUAAAAAACAUUCAAGAAUGUGUAAAGGCACUGAAGUGUGGAUCAUUGUUGCCUAAUACUAUGCCACAUGUGAGGGUGGCGCAAAUACCAAUUGGUUCACAUUAUUGUAAAGUAAGGAACUUCAAUAGCAUCGAUAUAAAUUCUGUUGUAAUGAAUUACUAUCAAUCCGAUGUCUCAUCUAUUAGAUUGUUAGUUAUUAUCGAACUAUUAAUUACGAUUAUGGAAGAGCCUGUUUUUAAUCAACUUAGAACACUGGAGCAACUUGGUUACAAUGUCUUCUGUCUGUUAAGGGAUACCUUCGGUAUCCUCGGUUAUACUGUCACAGUGUACACUCAGGCAGACAAAUACAGCACCGAAUACGUGGAUAAUAGGAUAGAAGCAUUUUUGGCGAUGUUUAAUAAUAUUUUGAAAGAGAUGUCGGAAAAGGAGUUAGACAGUGUUAAGGAAGCAGUGAUAAAAUUAAAACGGUGUGCGGAUAUACAUUUGAAAGAAGAGGUUGAUAGGAACUGGUCAGAAAUUGAAAGUGGCGAUUACAUGUUUGAUAGAAUAGAAAAGGAAUUGAGUGUGAUCGAAUAUAUCAAGAUUGACGAAUUGAGGGAAUGGAUGAAGUCUCACACAUUUAAUGGCAGCAAUUUCAGAAAAUUAAGCGUGCAUGUAGUGGGAACUGCUAAAUCAUCUGAUACAGAGAAUAACAAAGGUGUUGAAACAUCAGCAAAUGCAGUCAAUUCUGAUUCGGCUAAAAGAGACACAAAAGUAGAGAAAUAUGGGAAGGUAAAGUAUUCAUUGAAUUAUGUUCCUACCACAGAAGAGACUGACAAAUCUCUGGUGCACAUCACUGAUAUUGAGAAGUACAAAAACCAGCUGUACAUAUAUCCUGUAAAUCAUACCACUUUAUGAUACUAAAUAAAACUAAUAAAAUUUAUAGUCAUAUUUGAAAAAAUUUUGAAAUCAGAAUAAAUAUGCAACAAAUAAUGACGAUGCGUUGUUAAUCAUUCAUUCCAUUUCGUUUAAUUAAGCUGGUACUUAAGAAACUAUCAAAUAAUAUUUUUAAUAAUUCUUAUUACAAUUUACGUUUUUAUAAGAUAACAGAGUAUUAAUUUGGGGAGUAAUAUAAAAUUAAAUUGAAUAAACUGAAUAACACAUUGUGACGAAAAAACAUGGACAUAAAAUGGAAGAUGAACUCACAAAAUUAUCUUUUUCUUUUCUUUUAUAGUUCUUUUAAUUGUAUUCAAGACAUGACAACACGUUUUAAUAAAUCAUUAAACUUCCGAAAAUGUCAGCCAACCAUCUCCGAGAACCUCUCAUUCGAACAAGCUUUCUUUAUAAAACCUCAUUGAAAGUUUGUUUCCUUUAUUUCGAACCGUGCAGUGUGUCCUGCAAAGCUUUCAUUAUUUUCCUCUUCAAAUGAACAGAGAAUCUCUAUGAACCAUUGCCGUUCUCUCUACUUUGCAUGUGUGUCGUGUAAUUGCAUUUAUACAAGAAAAAACGAAGAUAAAUAUAUAUAUUUUUUUUCUUCAAAAGAAACAAACUUAAGAUAUCUGUCAUUGGAGAAACUUCUCUGCUUGUUGGAAUAAAGAAAAAAAGAUCAUUCUUUGUUUCCCGAUAUAUAAUCAUUAUCUUUUUAAGUGAUUUUUUCAAUUCAUUUUUAUUCUUUAAGAAAGAAAAAUAUCCUUUGUUCAGUCAGCAGAGCAGUCGUGUUCCAAAAAACAGAUUUACAGUAAAAUGUCGAUGCAAUUUGAAUACUCUAAAUUGUUACAACAUCCAUUAAAGUGCAUUUUGCAUUUAGUAUUUCGAAUAAUUGUUGAAUAUAUUGAUUUUUUUUUUGUUUUGUAGUAUUAUAGAGUUGCCACUACAUUUAUACAAUGAUUACCUCCUACUUUCCAAAUAUGUAUCCGCUUUAAAAGUACUUUAAAUGUGACUUUUUUUAGCUUUAUAAUAAUUUUUGGUUGCCUUGUGUUUUCGCCAGCACUGAUUCUUCCGUCCUUUAUUUAUUUUUAUGAUUUGCCAUUAACUUUCCACACGCCUGUUUCUAAAUUAAUCAACAAUAUGAAAAUCUUUAACUUGUUCCAUUUCUUUUUAAAUAUACGAAUGGUUAAUUAAAUAUCCGCGCUUUGUUUUCUUUUCCUUCUUUUCCUUAUUUUUUUUUCUUUUUUUUGUUUGAAAACGUAUUUGUUCUGGUUUUCCAAUUAGCAAAAGCAUAGAAUCAGCUCUGCUUGACACUAGACAUGAAUGGGGUAUAUGUUACAACAAUAAUUUACAAGAUGGAAUAAUCCAACAAGAAUACAUCGAUUUGACUGUGUAUUAUAGAGAAAUACAACAACUAAAUGAGUCGGCUAGGCAAUACUGUCAAUACCAUAAACACAUCUAUAAAUUACCAACUAAUACAGCAUGCUGUUUUUGCAUACAGAAAUCUUGCACACCAUUCUGUUUCCAACUUCUAUAGCAAAUGCAAAUAAAUAAUAUUCACUUAAUUCUUUUCUAUAUAGAUCAGUUAAAUCAUUAUGCUGCAAUAGUUUGAACACUGUUAUACCAACAAAUAAUAAUUUGAAAAGGACUAUAAAUAUAUUACAUUUAAUUAGGAUUUUUCUACUGUUGCAAAUAAUGUGGUAAUCACCUAGCGACCCAUAUAGGUUGAAAAUAACGCGACCAUCGGCAAAAUAUCAUAGCGCAUGUACAAUUUUACUUGUUUUCUUCGCAUCUUUGUCUGGAUAAACGUAAAGUAUUCUUCCUGAAUGUUUUCCUCAUUUUGUUCGCAAAAUAUUGCUCUAUCAUGUCAUGCGCUAUACACUUAAUCAUCGACUACCUCGUCUUCUUACGCAGUAGAAAAACAAAAAGAGAGUAAAACAGAAAAAAAAAUUAAACAUACAAUGAUUAUAAAUUGUAACAUACAAUGAUUACCCUCUGUGUACGCUUGGUAUUUUAAUCAUCUUAUUGUUUUUUCAUUGUUCUUGUUGCUUCCUUUAGCUAUGAAAAAUAAUAGCAGAAUAUACGUUAUGUAAUAUUUAAUAAGAAUAUAUAAAGACGGGGCCCACAUACAUUUGCAGCUACAUUGAUAAGUGUUUAAUUCGUUACUUCAUCUUUUUUUGGUUUUUUACCUUAUUAAUACUUUUUUUAUUUACUGUAUUUGCUACCGUACUUUUAAUAUAUCUUGUUAAUAGGGUAUGCAAGCGAAAAACUAUGGUAAAAAGAGAAACUUAAAAUUUAUGUAUCGAGCAUUGUCAUAGCAACUCAGUAUCACCUUCAUUCUUGCCUUUUUUGAUCUUCCAUCGAAGGCACUCUGUAUUGUAAUCUUUUUUUCAUUGCGUUGCUAUCGAAAAUCCUGAUGUUCUAUUAACACGAAGCUAUGAGUAUAGCAUACAUUAGAAGAAAAGAAAUCAGAAGAAAACGUUGAACGUUUUUUUUCUUUUUUUAAUGCCUAUCGGUUGCGUGCUUCUAUCAGAAAUACAGUGAAAUAAUAACAUAAACUUAUUAUUCAUUGAUUUUUUUUGUGGCAAUCAUUUAAAACAAAUCAUUGAAAUUAAAUGAUCCGCUCCAUUUUUAUGUUAUAUUUUUUCCCUAUGUACAUAUACAUAUAUAUGUGUGAUUUUUCGCAAAAAGUCCUAAGGCUUUACUACAAUAUGAUUACAAAUCAAACGAAGAACGAAAGAGUAAUAAUAAUAAAAAAAAAGAACGUACAAUAAAAAAAAUGAACAGGUAGAGAAGAAGCAAAAGUUUUUCAUGAUUUUUUCACAAUGGAAGACAUGAUAAACCAUGUCUGUUUUGAAUGUUUAGUCACUUGCUGUAUCGACACAAAAUCGAAAUUUAAUCAAAUAAAAAUACAGCUAUAAUGUUGAUUGAAAAUAAGGAGAGAGAACAGUCCACUGGAAAUUGACGCUUUCAUUUACAAUAAAAGUGCUCUUCUACAGAUUAAAAAAAAAACAAAAAAAGAGAAACAAUAUACAUACAGUCGCCUAAUUUACAUUCUCGUUCGACUGUUUCUCAUUUAUUAAGCAUUUAUCAUCAUCAAUAUUCCAGCAUCA